CCAGUUUGCGACUUGUGAGGAGAAAAAAAUUGGUAAUUCCUCACCUCCAGUUCGCGAAAUAUGAAUUGAAUAAGAGCAAUAAUUUAUUAGUAGCCAUGGAAAACGAAGAAAGACUACAGCGGAUAAAGGCUGGGGCAUUCUUAGCAUCAAUUGCUGGUAUAUCUGCAGUAGUUGGAUUCAGCACUACCCUUUCAGCUGCUAAGAAAACUGAUCCAAAAUUUUUCAGUAAAGGCUUACAUGGUGGUGCGGAUUUAGCAGAUGCUGGUGCUAUACUUGCACUAAGAGCCCUUGGUUGGGGCACUUUAUAUGCUAUUGCAGGAACCUCGUGUAUGUGCUAUGGAAUAUACAAGUUAUCUGGUGCUAAAAAUCUCAAAGACUUCAGAAUAAAAAUGGGAAACUUAUUACCUGCAUUACCAAAGAACAAUCCACCUCAAUCAAGGACAGAAUUUAGCGGAUUAAAUGAUUUGCUAACUUAUAUAUCAGAAGACUAUGGAAAGAAGAAAGGCACAUAAUGAAAAGAUAGUUUAUUGUUGAUGUGUAUAAAUAUUAAUAGUAAAAUAAACAAUUUUAGUUACUUAAA